AUGCCCCAAAAACGCCAGGCCGCAAUCAGCGACUUCUUUGCCCCCAACAAAGAACAGAAAACAGCAGAAGCAGCUUCGAGGGGCCCUCUAAAGGGGGCCCCCCGGGGAGCCCCCAAGGGGCGCCCCCGAGCAGGCCCCUUGAAGCCCGCCAAGAGGGCCCCCCAGGGGGCCCCCGAGGUGACUGAAGUUUUGUCGGAUAGCAGUGAAGGAGAAAACCACAACCCCACCAAGCUACAACCCACAGCUGGAGCUGAGGAAGAAGCAAAGCAGCAGCAGCAGCAGCAGCAGAAGCAGCUGGUGCCAAAGGCAGCACAAGAGCAGCAAGAGAAGCAGCACUCGCAGCCACAGGCCACAGCAGCAGGUGCGGGUACAGUGAAAAGUAAAGCUACAGCAGCAGCAGCAGCAGGAGUGCCGAAUGCAGCAGCAGAUGCAGCAGCAACAGCAUCGGCAGCGUCAGACAUAACUGCAGCAGAAACGGUGUCAGUAGCAGAAGCAGCCGCAGCUUCUCCAUCAGCAGCAAGCGAACCAGCAGCCACCGCAGCAGCAACAGCAGAAGCAGCUGCGGAGACAAGCUCAGCAGCAGCAGCAGCAGCAGCAACAGGAGCAGCAGGUGCUGCUGCUUCAGCAGUGUCACCUUUUGGCACUUUUGUUUCAACAGCAGCUGCAGAAAAGAUGUGGAGAGAGGCCAUGGGAGACAGCUGGUACGAAGCUUUGCAGGGGGAGCUGCAGAAGCCCUAUUUCAGGAAAUGUCUGUUGGCAGUAAAAGAACAAAGAGAGAAAUUUCCUUCUUCGAUUUAUCCUCCUCAAGAGUUGAUGUUUAAAGCUUUUCGGUCCACGCCGUUGGACAAAGUCAAAGUCGUUAUCGUGGGACAGGACCCUUACCACCAACCUGGCCAGGCCAUGGGUUUGUGUUUUUCAGUGCCCCGCGGAGUGCGGCCUCCACCAAGCCUUACAAACAUCUUUAAGGAAAUUGACCGCAGCAUUCCGGGGCCCCCCAGCUUGCCGCUGGCCCACGGGGACUUGAGCUCGUGGGCAGCUCAGGGCGUUUUGCUGCUAAAUGCAAUUCUGACAGUCAAGCGGGACAGCCCCAUGUCCCACAAGGACUUGGGCUGGGAGCGGUUUACUGACGAGGUCUUGGCCGUUGUGAACAAAACACUCGAGGGUGUGGUGUUCCUUCUUUGGGGAAAAGCUGCACAGAAGAAGUCUUCGGGUGUAUCUCCACUGCGACACAAGCUGCUGAAGGCCGGCCACCCUUCGCCUUUGGCUGUGCGGCUCUUUACAGGCUGCGGCCACUUCGCCAAGUGCAACGAGCUGCUGCAGCAAAUGGGAAAGCAGCCCAUAGACUUCCGGCUGCAGCCCUAG